ACAUGUACCACAAACCGUCCCUGUUGAUCCUGGAUCCAGAGUUGGCACGAGAUAUCACGAUCAAGGAUUUUUCAACAUUCCCUAAUAGACCGGAUAAUUUAAUAAUUAGAAGACCAAAGAAUUUUGGCAGUCAUCUAACAAGAGUAAAGGGAGAUCAAUGGAGGUUCAUGAGAAACACGAUUUCUCCAAUUUUUUCUUCUGGAAAAAUGAGAAAGAUGUCUCCAAUACUUGCAAAGUCUUGUGAAAAUUUACUAAAGAAUAUUGAGACCGAAAUGAGUUGUGGACAUCCUAUUGAAUUUAGAAAAAUGUUUGGAGACUUUACAAUGGACGCAAUAGCUUCUAUUGGGUUUGGAAUCGAGUUGGAUUUGUAUAAAGAUAAAAGAAACGAGUUUGCAAAGCAUGCACAUACACUCUUUGCUGCUUUCACAGGCUUAGGAGCACGUAUAAAUGCAUAUUGUCCGCCCCUGUACCAUCUAUUAUGCCAAUUGGGAUUGGACAUAGAUGGUCAAAAGAAAGCUUGUGAAUACUUCAAACAACUAGUGGAAGAAGCUAAGAAACUAAGAGGAAAUGACAAGGAUAGGGCUGAUCUUCUUCAGCUCUUACUGAAUGCACAUAAGGACACCGAGGUCAGUGACACGGAACAAUUCCUGGAAUACAAAGAUGACAAGGAUCAAUGGAAAAAGAGGGGACUUACAACAGAGGAAGUCAAUGGAAAUUCCAUCUCGUUUAUGAUAACUGGCUAUGGGACCACCUCUGCUGCCAUGACGUAUAGUGCAUAUUGCUUAGCAUCAAAUCCAGAAUGUCAAGACAAGCUGAUUUCCGAAAUAGAUUCAACUAUUGGACAGGAAGCUCCGGAUUAUGACAGCAUACAGAAGAUGGAAUAUUUAGACUGUGUUAUAAAAGAAGCACUUCGUUUAAACCCACCGGGUCUAAGGCUCUAUAGAGAAAGUCCCCAGGAUGUGGAGAUUGCUGGCUACACCAUACCCAAAAAUACAGAAAUCGUGAUUCCCGUUUAUGCUUUUCACAGAAGUCCUAAAUACUGGGAGGAACCUUCCAAAUAUAACCCUGACAGGUUUCUUGUGAAAAACAAGUCUAACCUGACGCCAUAUACGUUUCUUCCGUUUGGACUAGGUCCCAGGAAUUGUGUCGCUAUGAGACUGGCUUAUAUGGAAGCUAAAUGCGCCAUUGUAACUAUUCUUCAAAAAUAUAAAUUUGUGCCAUGCGAGAAAAACGAGAAGAAACACGCGUUUAACGAUCUUACAAUGAAAUAUGAUCUGUGCUAUUCAAGAGCUUUUUUAUUACAUUUAUGUAAUCAGGGACUUGGAGCGUUUGACCUAAAAAUGCAUUCAACAUACGAUAAGAUAGUGGGGACUUACCUUUUUCAUAGACCCUCUCUCCUGAUACUAGACCCGGAGUUAGCAUGUGACAUCUUGAUCAAAAGAUUCUCAACCAUUCCAAACACUGCAGAUCCGUUUAAAAGACACAAUGAUCUUCAAUAUGGUCUCAUCAAACUUAAGGGCGACCAUUGGCGAUUCAUGAGAAAUCUAAUUUCUCCAAUAUUUUCUGCAGGAAAAAUGCGAACGAUGUCACCGAUACUUGAACGGUGUUGUUCUCGCUUAAUAAAACACAUAGAUGAUAAUGCGAAACAAGGACAUUCUAUUGACAUUAAGAGAAUGUUUGGUGACUUUACAAUGGAUGCAGUUGCCGCCAUAGGAUUUGGAAUAGAGUUAGAUUUGUAUAAAAAGGAAGAAAACGAUUUUGUGAAGAACGCAAAAGGAAUUUUCAAAGCUUUCUUGGGAUUUGGAGUACUUAUUAAUGCAUUUAUGCCACCGCUUUACAGUCUUCUUUGCAAGUUAGAUUUGGACAUCGAUAGACAAAACAAAUACUGCUUAUACUUUAAACACUUGGUGGAACAAGCCAAGAAACUCAGGGUGGACAACAAGAAAAGAAAUGAUCUGCUUCAGUGUUUAUUGGAUGCCCAUAAAGAAACAGAUCUGUUUGACACUGAACAGCAUUUAGAGUAUAAAGUCAAUAAAGAACAGUGGAAAAAGAAAGGACUUACAACUGAAGAAGUAAAUGGAAACUGCAUAAUGUUUAUUUUAGCUGGAUACGAAACCACUUCCACAGUUUUAACUUUUACUGCGUAUUGCUUAGCAACUAAUCCGGAAUAUCAAGACAUAUUGAUUUCUGAAAUAGACACAACUAUAGGACAGGAUACACCUGAUUACGACAACAUUCAGAAGCUAGAGUACCUAGACUGUGUUGUUAAGGAGGCUAUGCGAUUAUAUCCACCAGCUCAAAGAGCAUUCCGAGAAACCCAUCAGGAAAUGGAAAUAUCAGGUUACAGAAUACCAAAAAACACGGAAGUGUCCGUCUCCAUAUUUGCUAUACAAAGAAGUCCAAAGUACUGGAAAGAACACGAAAAAUAUUACCCUGACAGGUUUUUGGCAAAAAACAAGUCGAACCUGACGCCAAAUGCAUUUCUGCCGUUUGGACUGGGGCCACGAAAUUGCGUUGCAAUGCGACUAGCCUUGAUGGAAGCGAAGUGUGCCUUGGUGACUAUAUUACAGGAAUACAUGUUUGUCUCCUGUGACAAAACAGAGAUUCCUGUGCAACUUGAUGCAGGAGCACUUCUGAGACCAAAGAACGAAGUCCUCCUGAAAAUCGAAAAAAGAAAAUCUUCAGUUUCUUAA